AUGAAGAAUGACUUUGAAAAGGCGCAUCAUGCUAUCUACGACUUUGAAACACAUCUCGAUCGAUUUAAUGGACGAGAGAUGAAUAUGAGCUCCACACUCAAAUGUACGGAGAUGUCUCUGUUCUCGCACCUAUCCACCCAAGUCUCGAUUGUCUCUUCCGACGUGGAACAAGCUAAAGCGCACCAGCUGGUCCCACUUGUUCCCUACUUUGUGGAUCUCAAUGCAAAGCUCAUUGAAAUGUUGGGUGCUCUCGAAGAAAAGGCUGAUACAUUCAUGCAGACAAGUCUGCAAUCAUUAGUGGCUACCCAAGUAUCUGCGCUGUCUUUCCCCUUUUACGAGCUGAACUCACACUUCUUGAAUAAUGUGUAUUGGGCCCACAAUGACAAUAUUUUCAAUAGUGUCUUUGUUGCUGCAUACUCUGCUGCUUCAGCUAUGGCUAAUGUGGCAAGCGUGUAUUCUGCAGAUGUGCCCCAGUUUGCUGUCGAAAGCAAGGGUCCCGCUGGACACUUUGUAUUCUAUCUACCCAAAGUUACACAGAACCGCGGGAAUAGGCCAUCACAGCUGGAUGAGGCUAUGCCAAUGGCUCAGGAACGCUGUGACACAGUGAAUCGUUUCUUGCAUUCACCUUAUCUACAACAGAAUCAAACUGCCCUCACUGAACAGCUCUCUGAGCUUUCGAUCACAUUCAUGGAUUUACGGGACUUGUGUCGUCGACAAAUGCAAAGGAACUUACGAAAGUCGCCCCAACUUUACGUUGAAAUGUAUCAAGAGCUGCUUGCAACGCUGUCAUUAGUUGUAUCAGAGCUUGACUUGGUUGGUCGAGACAAUUAUCGUUUAUCCACAGAGUUGACUGUGCUAUCCUACCCGGUGCAGCGCUUUUCAAGCACGUUUUUGCAAAUGAUUGCGGACAUUAACUGCAAGUAUUUCCCGAAAUGUUUGAAAGCCACUCGAAUGCUUGCCGAUUCUUUCAAACACCAUUCAGAUGCAGUAUAUCACUUGGACCUCGACAGCGGACAAUGCACCACGCUCGAGAUCGAGUGGGAGCAAUGGGGACGCUGGCUUUGUGUUGCCUUAAUCGUACUGGUAGUUGGUAUCCUUCUCGUUCUUUAUUUUAUCAUCUCAAUUUUCGAGAACGCUACUGACCGGGCUAAAAGUUUGGUUGCAUUCCUAAACCAGAACCGCGGGAACCUGCCGGAACUUUUGGAAGCUAAUACCAAAGAAAAAGGCAAAACUAUUGAAAGAGGCUGA